AUGAGGAGCUCCUGGAUGAUGAUCGUGUCCGCCAUUGCAUUGGCGAUGGCCUCGCCCAUUGGAGCAGACUAUGUGCGCCCCGGCAGCGACAUCAACAACGCCAACACUGGAGUGCAGCCGGUCAACGUCAUCGGAGACGUCAACGCCAACGCUGGAGUGCAACCGGGCAACGGCAUUGCAGGCGGCAACUUCGUGAACGAAGAGCGCUCGGCGGUGACGACGGCCGCUCCCCCCGCACCGGCAACGAACUUCCAGAACACGGCAUUCUCGGCCACGGACGAGAACCGCAUCGUCGGGGAUGUCUCCACCGGCGGCAGCUACAGAGGCACCACGAUGUCUGCGGUGACGAGGGCGGGGGAUUCCGCUUCGAAAAAAGACGACAGCACCAACACCAACACUGCGUCGUCGGGUACGUCGACGCCGGGGCUCCUCGCCGCCGCUGCUGCCGCCUGUGUCGUGGCAGUUGCCGCCGUCGCCGUCGUCAAGAAGAGGGCUGAGAACAAACUGUCGACCCCGCGCACUCCCGAGGACGAUACGAUUUACUACCAGGUCGAACCGGUCGUGAAGCCUGGACAUUACCAAGUGAACCGCCAAUUGACUCCGCCCUUGCAGGUGCUGUAG